GCGGGACCGGAAGUGGCCGUUUAGAAGUUUUUCUCUCAGUCAGCAAGCGUGACGGUUCCAGAAGCGUCAAACACCGUCAGAAACGUUCAAUGAACCGACAUAUUUAAAUAUCGGAAAGUGUGCAAGUGUCUUGUGAGCAUCACGCUUGUUCUGUUUUCUGUAUUUCUAAGCCGCGGCGAGUCGUCAUGGGCGAGGUGGAGCUGUCCUGCCGCGCCUACGUCAAGAUGCACCUGCACGCCUGCGUCUUCCCGCGCUGCAGCAUCAACGGGCUGCUGCUGUCCUCCGGCUCCGCGGGCGGCGCCGUGUGCGUCACGGACUGUGUGCCGCUGCUCCACUCCCACCUGCCGCUGGCUCCCAUCAGCCAGCUGGCCCUCACGCAGGUGGACGCGUGGUGUUCACAGACACAGCAAAGGAUUGUGGGAUACUAUCAAGCCAACGCCUGCGUGUCAGACAGCAGCCCGACUCCGUGCGCGCUAAAGAUAGCCGAUAAGAUUUGUGAGCAGUUUGACAACGCCGUGUUGUUAAUGCUUGAUGGCAGUAAGAUGUCUUCAGACUACCGGGUUCCUCCCAUCGUCAUGUACGAGCGCAAAGAUUCAAGAUGGACGCUCAAAGACAAACACACGAUAAUGCUGCGUCAGUGGGAGGAGACUCAGGCGAUAGCCGCUCAGCUGCUGGAGGCCGGCGACCAGUCGCUGUUGGUCGAUUUUGACGGCCACUUGGACGACAUAACGAAGGACUGGACCAACCAGAAACUGAACAACAAGAUCGCCGAGCUCGCCUCUCCGGCCAACGGGAACAUCUAGAGGGGUCAUGUGACGUUAACGAGGGAAACAUCUGGAGGGGUCAUGUGACGUUAACGAGGGGAACAUCUGGACGGGUCAUGUGACGUUAACGAGGGGAACAUCUGGACGGGUCAUGUGACGUUAACGAGGGGAACAUCUGGAGGGGUCAUGUGACGUUAACGAGGG